CAUAUUAUUAUUGUGCCUAUGCCCCUGCCACCACCACCACCACAUACGUCUUGGUGUCGCGUUGAACCGUCGUCAUACCUACCACCACCUGUACGCGCGCGGUACACGAGCAAAAGCGUGCCCGAGGAAGGAACGGCGGUCGCGCAGAUUCGUUGAGCCACAGAGUAAUGCCGACAGCCGGUUGAUACGUGGUUCGACGCCGUCCGUGUGGUGUACAAAAUACUACUUGCGCGCGCGCGUUUUCCGUACGUGAUAUACUGGUCCUGCUGUCGUCAUUAUUUUACCAUCGAUAUCGUCGCCGUCGCCGUUGUAUUUCGUCUUCGUUAAUGUCUAUAAUAAUGUUAUUUAUUUAUUAUAAUAAUAAUAUUGUUAAUAAAUAGUAAGAAGAGAUAAACUUCUUUUUUUGUUGUUCGGUCAUUCCCCCGUCAUUUCAGUGCGCCGUUGUUAUUGUUGUUGUUUCUGUUGCUGUUAAAAACUAUCGUAAUAAACCAUACAAAACGAGCGAGACUGACUGUCCGUCGACGAAAAUAUAUCAUAUUAUUUUAUUCGAACCGACGUCGUAUAUAGUGUCGAUUCUACACCGCACAAGAGCAUAUUGAACCAAAAAAAAAUCAACCGAAAAUGAUUCUAGUGAAACUGAUUGAAGAUGGACUCGGGUCGCCGCCCGAAUGGGCCGCCCUGGAAGUACAAGGUGAUCUCGAAACCCGCCGGCAUACGCCGCUCGAACGUCAAUACGUCGGCGACCUGUUCGCGACUAUUCGAGAUGGUGUGCCCAUAUUGAUCAUUGGCCAUCACAUCCUGUACGGCAAAGCGCAGACGUUCGACAAACCUCUCGCAGUGAUGAAGAAAAAACCGGACGUGGACGAGUACGUGGUCGAGGCUAUUGUCACCAAAAAGUUGCUAUUCAAGAACCGGCCCAAGCCAAUCAUCGCUUGUCAUUCCACCGACCUUUGAAUAUCUAACCAAUUUUUCCACUUAAAGACACUAUUUCGUUGUCUAUAGUCUAUACUAUGAUGGUUCAUUAUAAUAUGUAAUUUUUAUUUGCUUUCGAUCAGACAUAAGCGAAUUGGUGUAUUUUAUUAUUUUGUCGUUCUGUCGAAACAAAAUAAAUUGUAAUGAAAUUAGCAUUUUAAUACACAUUAUUUUUCUGAAU